GAGGCGACAAGCCAAUGGGACCAACCGGUGGCACGGCAAGGAGCCGGAAGUGUUGUAAACAGCCAGCGUGGAAGCCGCGAUGAAUUUGCGUGAAGCUCAAAGUGAACUACGGCAUCUUUUGAGUAGAGUCGAACUUUCUCAGCUGCCGAAGUUGCUUGACUGGAUCCGAACUUCAGAUGAGCUGGAUGAGCUGCUGGUGGACAACAAUCAAGUCAUCCUGAGGUGCAUCGCUGAUGAGAUCAGGGAGAGCCUGCCACUGGAUGCCAUGCUGCCGUCUGAAGCCAACGCCCUGCACAAGCUGCAGUGCCACUCGUGUCUGUCUGUCCACGUUGAUGCCUUCCUGUACAGUGACAACCAUGUGGACGCCCUGUGCGAGGCGGGACGGAUGAGUCGAUGCUACUGUCUCAAGUGCGGAUCCCACAGCACGGCGCCUCUGGACUUUGUGUCGCACUCGUUCUCCAUGUGCGAGCUGCUCUUCUUGUUCCAAAACGUUCUGCCGGACCUGAGCGGCCGCAUGCUGGUGGACAUUGGGUCGCGGCUGGGCGCCGUGCUCUAUGGGGGCUUUGUGUACAGCGCGGCGUCCCGGCUUGUUGGCGUGGAGCUCGACGAGGGGUUUGUUCAACUGCAGAACAAGAUGGUUCUCAAGUACGGGAUGGAGGCCAGAGUCCAGAUUGUCCAUGCUGACGUCUGCACGCAGGAAGCUCUGCUGUGGACCGCCGACGUUGUGGUCAUGAACAACGUCUUUGAGUAUUUCCUGGAGCCCGACCAGCAAGUCAGGGCCUGGAGGUUCAUCAUGCGGACGUUGCGGAAACAAGGUUCUCUGCUGGUGACGGUGCCCAGCCUGCACGACGCUCUCCACCCUCUGCAGGAAGCGCUGCCGGCCGGCUGGGUGGAGGAGCUUCCUUUGGACUACCAUGUAUACGUGGGUAAAGACACCGACCCAGAGAAUCUGCGACAGAUCCACCUGUAUAGGGUCUUAUGACCUGGACGUUCCUUGGACUAUUAUCUCGAGUGUUUGUGUCUCAAAUCAGCAAAAAUACAAAUGUUCAUGUUGA